GCAAAGUUUGUGCGCUUGCUUUUUCAUCGCUACGGCAACUGCGACAUGUAAAAUGAUUCGUUAUUGGGAAUUUUUCCGAAGUGGUCUUUGAAAUUUGCCAACCAUAUGGCAAUAAAGCCGAAUGAAUAUAUAUUCUUACUUCUGGAAUAAUUCUGUUCGUGGUCUUUUUCCUGAAAACAACUCAGCUUUAACAAGUAAAACAGGUACAGAGAUAUGUGAGUCUAUAUGAAUACCCACCAUGACACCGAAGACUCUUCCAGUGUUGGAGGCCAUCAUUGUUACAGUACUGUGCUUUUACAGUCACACAUGCGCCACCGAUGACCUCGUCCGUGCCAGGAAAGGGGACAUUGCUGUAUUAUCGUGCAAUCUGCCAUACCCUGGCCUGGUCAUCUCGGCCUCCCAGCACGUCAUCGAGUGGGUGCGUCAGGGCUAUGACAUCCCCAUCCUCAUCCAGUUCGGAAUCCACGACCCCCGCGUGCAUCCCAGCUACGAUGGUCGAGUGUCUCUCUUGGGGGGCACAUCACUGCAGGUGAGGGAUCUUCUUCUGGACGAUGAAGGCUGGUAUGAGUGCCGCAUUCUUCCGCUGGACAAAACCACAGAUGAGUCUAGAAGCAACGGUAGCUGGACUUUCCUCUCCGUCACAGCGCCACCCGUGUUUACCGAAACCCCAUCUCCUGGCGUCGAAGUAUUUGUGGGUAGAUCGGUAACCUUGAAGUGCGCUGCCCGUGGAAACCCGCGGCCCACGAUAACCUGGUCUAAAGAUGGAGUCCAAAUAAAAUCACCAAACGAUGUGAAGAAUGGAAGUCUGUCUGUCCAUGCUGUGAGCCGUGAAACAAGAGGCAUGUAUAAGUGCCAUGUCUACAAUACAGAGGGAGAAGUAUUUCACAUCACAGUGCUUAAAGUCAUUGGUCCUCCCGUGAUUCUAAAUCCUCCAACGGACACCAUUCUCAACAUGCACCAGGAUGCCAAGUUAAACUGCCGGGCAGCAGCCGACCCACCUAACAUGACCUAUGUGUGGCAAAAAAAUGGAGAAGAUAUUUAUCACAUUGAGUCUCUGAAAUCUCGUGUUAAGGUCAUAGUGGAUGGCACGCUCCUCGUAUCACGCUUGACUCCAGGGGAUUCUGGGAACUACACUUGCACGCCUACUAAUGGACUGCCUGCCUCCCCCUCCGCCUCGGCCAUGCUCACUGUGCAGCACCCAGCGCAGGUGAUGCACAUGCCCAAGCUGACCUUCCUCGCCACAGGCAUGCGGGGCGUAAUAUCCUGCCCAUUCAGAGCUGAACCUGCACUAUUACGUAUUGACUGGACCAAGGAUGGAAACCCGCUUGAUUUGGGCAUGUAUCCUGGAUGGACACUUACCUCUGAAGGCUCCAUCGUCAUAGCAACAGCCAAUGAUGAUGCAGCAGGUGUCUACACGUGCACUCCAUACAACAGCUUGGGGACAAUGGGCCAGUCAGAGCCCACCACCGUUAUGCUACAGGACCCUCCAUCAUUCAAAGUGUCACCCAGUAAGGAGUACAGACAGGACGUGGGCAAGAUGCUUGUCAUUCCAUGUCAGAUGAAUGGUAACCCGGCUCCAAAAGUCACAUGGAAAAAGGUGGGUGCUUCCACUCGCUCUCUGUUCCUUGUAGCAGCGGAUGGCUCGCUCAUUCUUCAGCCGCUCAAUAAAGACCACCAGGGGGAGUGGGAAUGCAGCUCCAGCAACCGAGUGGCUACUGUUUCAGUGAGAACAACAGUCCUUGUGCUGGGUACAAGUCCCCAUGCAGUCUCCUCGGUGUCUGUGAUCCCAGGAUUUAACAAGGCCAAUGUGUCCUGGGUGGCCGGCUUUGAUGGAGGAUAUACACAGCAGUUCACUGUCUGGUACAAGCAAAUGUCAGCAAUAAAGAAAGAGGAAAAGCAGGAGUGGCUGUUCUUUCCUGUCGUGUCUACUGGGAACAGUGUGUUGGUCGCUGAUCUACUUCCUGCCACCGAGUAUCAGUUUAGAGUCAUGGCCCAAAAUAAAGUGGGCAGUGGACCUUUCAGUGAGAUCGCCACUAGCAAAACUCUGGAUGCAUUUUCUGUUGGGACCAAGCUGGAACCACCUAAAAAUCUUUCAUUCAAUCGGACUUCAGAAGGAAUCUUUCUGUGGUGGUCAGCGCCCCAAUCUCAUUCUCUGCUCAUCGACGGUUUUGUCGUCCAGUCACGCCUUGAAGGAGGCGAAUGGAGUAAUCUGAAAGAGGACGUUAGCCCAAACGAGAGUCAAAUCUUUCUUCGGGGGUUAUGUAAGGAUUGCAAGUAUGAACUCAGGCUUCUCUCUCGACAUGAAGAUCAGCUGAGCAUGCCCAGUCCAUCCAUCAGUGUCUCCACCAUCGGAAUGGAUGUGAACCCCGCUAAUUCCCGUCUCUUAGACUUUCCUGACCAGCUGUUGGCUGGUGUCAUGGGUGGCGUGGGACUCCUUUGCAUUAUUCUUCUCCUGAUCUUGGCAACAGUUUGCUUCAUUUUUUACAAAAAGGGCCAAAGGCGCAGACAGAACACCAAGGAUCUCCCUCCAGCCUUAAAUAAGAACCCACCUGACAACCCUGACAACUCCUUGACGCAAAAGCUCCUAUCAGCCCGUCCGCUUUCCCUCACUUCCACUUCCUCCGGCCAUUCCUUCCUUGACAAGUCGACUCGCAGUGACUUUCACGGCCAGCGACAACAUCAUCUGCCCCAAGCUAACCCUCCAUCCCACCAAUCCCUUCCCGAGAGCCACCUCCAACGGGCAUCGCUUUCCGCUACGACCUCUGUGGAUUUCAUUCACCGAGGACUCGACGGACGCUUUAAUAUCCAGCCUAGUGAAAAUGAAAGCAUUGCCAGUUCUCAUAUAAAGAGAAACAUGAGUCAAACCUCUCACCGGUCAGCAGAAGGAAACAGGAGCUUUAGAAUCCAAAAAUCACACUCUUUAAGAUCCUACAGGGAUGAACGAAAAAAGCCUCCGUUUGUCCUUUCUGUAGAUCUUCCACCUUUCGGAUCUGAUAUCCCUGCUUCCGGCAGAACACGAGCUAUGGCUAAACACCUGUCAUUGAAUGGACAUUACCUGCCCAUUCGGGAACAAGAGUUCUUAGAGGCUCCAGACCAAACAAGCUUGUCCUCCGAAAGCAGUGGCUCUUUUUUCUAUCCUCCUUCUGAAAGCACUUUAGGUCAGCCUUCUUUGAAGCACGGUAACGUCCACUCUGCAGCCAGUACCUUGGUUUUACAGAUGGAGCACGAGAGGGAACAAGGGAACUUGAGUCGCUGUUUAACUCUGGCACGGGAAAGAGAGGAACUUGAAAUGGAGUUGCGCAAGUACAUUGUUAGCCAUGGCGGAACACUUGAUGAAUAUGGAGAAAUUUGUAGAAGUCGAGAAAUGUCAACACCUAACUACCAAACCGCGAGACAUAGCUUCUUAUCGGAGAGUACCAACACUUUGAAGGGAAGAUCUGCUUCUUGUAUUCCGUGGGAAGAACGGCACAGAUUUUCCACUGCUAGCUUAGUGCCCCUCCAUGGAAAGGAUAUCAAAUAUAGACAAAAUCAACAUGAAUACCAGUCAAUCCAAAAAUCGAAUUACCAAAGAUCCAAAAGUCUAGACAGAGGCGAACUACAAAAAUCGCACAUGUGGGACCGAAGGCAAAGCAGAACGCCUGUUGAUUCAAGUCUGGGUAGAGUCAUAGAUGAGUCCUUCAAAGUGGAAACCACCAAACCUUACGUAGGGUACAGUCCAAACAACUCGAGUAAAAGUCAACAAUAUUUCGACCUGCGUGUAUGUCCAUCUUUGGACGAUCACCAGGGACGGAGAAUGGCAAGAAGCCCCAGGGAGAUGAAUCAAACUGGUGAUUUCUCAGAGGUGAGCGUGGAUGCACCUGAGCUUGAGAACAAGACUUAUUCAAGGUCUUUACUAGAACACAGUUAUGAGACACUUGACUUUGACAGGCCCAGGUUAUCAGAGCUGGAAAGAGACAGAUCAGAAGACCAAAAGUUAGAGUCCAUAAACGUGGGUUCAAGGAGAAACCAAGAAAGGUUGAACCGAACUUUGCCUCCGAUGGAUUAUUCUAUGACGCUGCAUCGGAAGACAAAGAGUCUGGGGUCAAAUAACUGGAAUCGACACAGGAGCACUCAUAGUUUAGACUCCAGACAAUACAAGCAACAGUUUUUGCCUCCAGAUGUCUGGAUUGACUCGUUGACUCACGGUCGAGAUUCUAAAACACUGCCCUUUGGGACUAGAGCUAAAUCUGUGGCAGAUGAACCUAAAACCAGUCCCAAUCUCCAGACAGAUUCACCUUCAGAACGUCAAUUGAGAAACCUCAGGCUGGCCCAUAAAUCCCCCGGCGGCUCUACAAAUGAGGGGGGUCAAAAGGGGGGGUCUAGCAAGCCCCCCUCAUAUUGUCCCUCUCUGACGUCUGGGAGCCGGAGUCAGAGUCAAGAUGAGCAGAGAGAGGAGAAUGAAGAUGGGCAGGAGGUGGAUGUGGAAUUAAACAGAUAUAGGAAGUGUUCAGAGACAGAGGGAAGUUAUAGGAGCUAUACAAGUCAGAGUAGUGGCAGAGGGAGCAUGAACAGCAGACAGUUCUCUCUCAGCCCACCAUUCACUAGCUCACCAGAGACCACAGAGGACAGCGACAGGGAUGAAGCAGUCCUACAGGAGCAAGAAAGGUUAACCAAAGCAUACUGUGCUAGAAGAGGGUCUGUGGAUGAGAGCUAUGAAUGGGACACUGCCUAUGCCCCCAUGCAUCCCAUGGACCCUAAAGCUUCAGUGAGUAAAGCAGGUGUACACAGAGAAGUCACUGCUAGGGAUGAAUACAGGCCAGAAUUACACCUGAAACAAAAAGGUCUUUUCCCUCCGGCUGGUUUCAAGGAAUCUGUUCCACCCUUUGUAGUUUCCAACAUUCGUUCUCUUCGCUGCGAGCAAGAAUCGCUUUUAGCUCAGGAGAUACAGAGGAGCUCCACAUCAUUCCCAGAACCAGACCCUGACACCGUUCUCUUCUGACUGCCGACAGUAGCAGAGAUGUUAGAUUGGACACAGCACGGUUCCCCUUUAUCACACAUGUGAGUGGUCAGGACGAUGGGGGUCAGCUUGUUUCACCGUUAAUUAAACAUCUCAAUCACUCCAGCAGCAAAAGACCCCAAGAACACACUCUUUUCUUCUUAACUAAUGAAAAACACAUAUGAUGGGUGAGCUGAACCUCAACAAAGAAUAGUCUCCUAAAGAGCAUGCUUUAUGCAUCGCAAAUCAAAGGGUGAAAAAAAUAAAGCAUAUUUCUCUCUGCAUGCCGCUUUUGCUGAUCCGACUGAGUUUCUUUAUCCACUUUUAAAGAGAUACUUCACCUUCAAAAUGAAAAUGCUGUCAUCAUUUACUCACCCUGUUGUCAUUCUAAACCUGUGCAAUUUUCUUUCUUCUGCAGAACACAAAAGAAGAUAUUUGGAAAAAUGUUGGUAACCAAAAACCGUUGGUCCCUAUUGACUUUUAUCGUUACAAAACCAAUGCAAUGGGGACCAACGGUUUUUCAAAAUAUCUUCUUUUGUGUUCUGCAGAAGAUUGAAAGUCAUACAGGUUUGAAAUGACAAGACAUGUAAAUAAUGACAGAAUUUUCAUUUUGAAGGUGAACCAUCCCUUUAAAGCUUUUCUGCUGUAGCAUCAAAUUGUUUUAUUUUUAUAAUUGUUUUUAUUUUAUAAUUGUUAAAUGUCUAUUUUGGCAGUAAGUUCACAUUGUAAUUAAGAAAGAUCAUUCAGAGUUUUACUUUACAUCUUAUGCUACGGCUUUUUUUAUAUGAAACUGGGCAAAUCGGAGACGCACUUAAAUGCCUCUAUGGAUCUUGUGAAACAUUUCUCAGAAAAUCUGGAUUGAUGUGCUGCUUUGUCAACAAUCUUUAUUUCACCCAACCCACUUGUACCUACCUCAUAUACACCACUAUCACAAAAGCACAAUUUUUGUGAUUUUUUUAACAGAACAAUAGCAUUAAUGUAGAAAAUUGUGCCCAUUUAAAUCAAUGUGGUAGUGCAUCAUGCAGUACUUAAGAGGAAUGACAAUCAAUUGAAUCAUUUGAGGUUUUAACCCUUGCUGGAUAAAAAAACCUUCAUUUCUCAUGUCCUCAAAUGGUCACAGAUCUGUGAUGUUGUAUGCUGAAGUUUCCUUUUAGACAUUUUUGUCCUUGGUGAAUGGGCCUGUUUUGAAAACGUUGCUGAGAUUUUAGUUCGUGUCUCAUCCUUAAAGCGCUCAUUUUUUAAGCUGUAAUGAGCUGUUUAAUAGGAAAUUACAUGUUAAAUUGGUUUGAUUGUUUAAAUCGGUGUAUUUGCAUAAGGAAUCUAAUGAACUGAUACGCAUUCUCUGAGAUUUUACAGGAAGGAAACUAUUAAAUUCCCUGCAUGUGAUGGGAGUUCAUUGUGAUUUCGGUCAGACUGAAAAUACUGAGCUUUACUGUUAAGUGUUUAUGCUAAACAUUUCAGUUCCUGUUUGCUUUUCAUGAAAUUAUUAAAAACACAUUUUAGAAGUUUGCUACAAAAUGAUACGCAAUUUUAUACCCAGUUUUUUAUUGCUUCAGAAUUGUAAUAUUUAUAAAUGCGUUAUUGCAGAAUUUACACUUCGUUUCUUUUCUGCCAAUAUGAAAUGUUUCACUGCAGCGGAUGCCAACCAGGCACUUCAUCGAAUAUAAUAUAGCUUGCAAAUAUGUCUAUAUGUAAUUAUUACCUUUCACCCUUUUUCUCAAAAUGUAUUCAAAAGGGUCUAUACAAGGGUUUUGAAGUAGAAUUGUUUUAAACUCAAUAUAUUUUUGACUACACAUUUGUACAUUUUUGCUACGUCAUCAAAUCAUGGGUUGUAUUUCAUGUAUGGAUUUAUAUUGAGAUUAAA